AUGAUACGGCGGAUUGACGGGAAAGCUGGGUGGUUGAGCAUCCGCGCAUGCAGUCUAUGCACAAAUCUAUUGAAUCGCACAUCACAAAGGCGUUGUGAAGAGACAUUCGCUCUUGUUGCACAAUGCAAGCUUUUUGGAAGCAACUCCUUCGUCGCCUUCAUGUCAGACUCCACCCGUUCGCGAGGCCGCGAUGCCUGGCCGCCCUUCACUGGUCAGCGCCCGAAACUCUCUUUCGCGCCACAUGCAGACGGCAACGUCUCGCCCAGUGGGAACGCUUCAUACGCUGCAGGGCCCAAGUACCAAGACGCAAACUUCACCCCACGGAUGCAACCGAGUGCUAUGCCACCCCCACCUUGCUUCAAUGGAGGGUACAGCAGUUCUCUCUCGCCAUCCUCGACGCCCGCCACACCCGGGCCGAAUGGCAUGUCGCGCCCAGCUCGCGGAGAGUCGCUCGGCUCGGCGCACCCGCCCCCUGCUGCUAUUGUGUCGUUGCCUGCACGAGCCUCCCUCGCUCCCAACAUGAUCUACGCCACACCAACGCGAGCGGCGCCCGCUGGAGGGCCCUUGGAAGGGACGGGCAGGUUCGUGCCCCCUGCAGCGGAUAUAAGGGCUGGCCAGGAAGAAGCAGCUGCGCGACUAGCACGACAGCAGGGUUUCGCUGCCCGGCCGCCACCGCCGCCGGAAUUGGCUACGCGACUCCCGCCAUCCGUAUGGCCACUCCCCGGCCAGGUGCACCAAUUCCACUCGUGGUUGUUCGCGAGCCAGCUGAGCGCGCUGGACAUGUACAGCGCAGCCAAGAUCGACCGCAAAGCCCUGGCUCGUGCAUUGUUGACCGUACCGGUCCCCGCUUCGUGUUGA